UACAUGAGCACGCUUAUAUUAUCUAAAUCCGUUCACCCUUGCUACGGUUCGUAUUAUAAAGUUUUUUCUUACGUUGAAAACAAUCGAAUGAAUGAAUUAUAAUAAUAAUUAUUACGAAAGGUAACCGAUUUCCUUAAAGAUUCAGUAAACCAAUAAAAUAAGUAACGAUUAUGUGGUUUUUCUGACGUAAAAUAUAAUAAAGUAGUAAUUUAGAAAUGCAGUUCUCCUUCAAAAACGAUAAACUUACGAUAAACUUAGAUAAACUAUAAAAUGAUCAACUUUCGAAUUCUUCGAGAUGUUUCUCAUUGUUAUAUUCAACUAUGGAUGUCUCUAUAUCAACUUUAGUGAAUAAAUUGUUAUUGUUUUGUGAUUUAUUAUUGAACGGUUAUUGGUUAUUCUUCAAUGUGAACAAAAAAAAGUAUGCUGUACUCAAAACUCGCCAGUCAAGAAAACAGUGAUAUAGGGGUUCUGCCUUCGUGAUGUUUCCAAGCGGACUGAAAUUAUAGUGAAUGGUGUAUCUCCGAGUAAUUGGAACUAUAUGUCAACUAAGUCCUUACGCAAACUUAUCUCCUAUCUCCCCUAUCAUGUAUUGAGUGCGUAUAUUUCAGUUCUGUUAUCCCUAUUAACGAAUGAUUUUUCUUCAAGGUGGAAUUUGAAAUUUAUUGUCUAUGUAAAUUGGAAUUUUGUUCAAUUAUAUUUGCUGAUGCAUCUGUUUCCUGAUUUUAAAAGGCUUUGCAUAAAAUUAGAAGCUGUUCAGUAUAUUGAAUUUGUAGAUACGAAGUUAUUAUUGUGUACCGAAAUUGGUAGAAAUUGUAGCGCUUAUAUUCCACAUAAUUAUCCUGACGAUUGAGGCAUGAAUUUUAGUCCAAUGAUGACGUUUUCUAGACAAUUCUUGUUAAUUUGGAAAGGCAGAGAAAAGUUGGAAGUCGCUCGGCAUAAGUUCAGAGGAUCAUUGAAAACCAAAAAAAGAAACAAACUGACUUCUGAAAUUCUUCUGAUUCAUGACAAUACUUCUUCUCAUAGUGCUGCUGCAACCCAACGAUUCUUUGAAUAAUUUCAAUGGGACAUUUUACAAUCCCAACAUUGCGCCGAGUUGCUCUUCCAUCUUUUCCCUGAACUGAAGAAGCAGACAGGAAGGAAGCGUUUCCAAACGUCAAGAAUCUUUAAUUCAUUGGUGGCAACAUUUGAUGAAGAAGGAAUUGGAAAGCUUGUCUACUAGACAAAUGCCUCAAUCUUCAAGAAGACUACACCAGAAGUGAACACAACUUAUGGUAAUAAAUAAAACAGUGAUUCUUGUGUAUCGACCAUUCAGUAUUCUCAAACAAGCCAGUCAACUCCGGGUUCUAUGAAUUCGAACAGUAUGAUGGAAAUGCAACGGAUAGACAGUACAUACAGCACAUCCAGGAGAAAAAGAAAAGCAUCGUUCAGCGCAACAAGUGAUUUUGACGAAGACGGAGGUGAUGACAACAAGUCUGUUCGUACAACCGAUGAAAACAAAAAACAGAAUCACAGUGAAAUUGAAAAACGACGCAGAGACAAGAUGAAUACGUAUAUUACUGAACUGUCUUCGAUGGUUCCAAUGUGUCACGCAAUGUCUCGAAAGCUCGAUAAAUUGACGGUUUUAAGAAUGGCAGUUCAACAUUUAAAGUCAAUACGGGGAGCUGUCCACUCCUACACGGAAGGACAUUACAAACCAUCGUUCCUAUCGGACCAAGAACUUAAACAUUUAAUUUUGCAGGUAGCGGAUGGUUUUCUAUUUGUUGUAGGCUGUGAUAGAGGAAGAAUCCUCUACGUAUCUAAGUCAGUGUCAAAAGUGUUAAAUUAUUCUCAGGGGGAUCUUUUAGGUCAAAGCUGGUUCGAUAUACUUCAUCCGAAGGACGUGGCCAAAGUCAAGGAACAGUUGUCCUCAUCCGACUUGAAUCCAAGAGAAAGACUGAUAGAUGCCAAAACUAUGCUACCCUUAAAGACCGAUGUUCCUCCUGGAGUUACGCGAUUGUGUCCCGGUGCCCGCAGAUCGUUUUUUUGUCGAAUGAAAUGUAAAACUUCAAUUCAAGUCAAGGAAGAAGCUGACACAACAACCGGAUGCCAUCGAAGAAAAAAACAAAAUUCGGAUAAACGUUAUAACGUGAUACAAUGCACGGGUUAUUUGAAAUCAUGGGCACCGGCGAAGAUUGGUUUGGAGGAAAACGAAGCUGAGGGUGACGAUACGUGUAAUCUUUCUUGUUUAGUAGCCGUUGGCAGGGUGCUGCCACACAUAUCUUUGGUGGCGGCAAAUGCCCACGGUAGACCGAAAACCGUACCAAUUCAAUUCAUUUCACGACAUACUAUGGACGGAAAAUUCCUCUUCGUUGACCAAAGAGCAACAUUGGUUUUGGGUUUUCUUCCCCAAGAAUUGCUUGGAACGAGUAUGUAUGAGUAUUACCACCACGAAGAUAUUCACGCUUUAGCCGAGUGCCACAAGUGUGCCCUACAGAACAGCGAUCGAAUAACAACAAACAUUUAUAGGUUUAGGACGAAAGACGGGGGGUUUGUAAGACUACAAAGCGAAUGGAAAUCGUUUAAGAAUCCAUGGACCAAAGAAACCGAGUACCUUAUAGCUAAGAAUAAUUUAAUAUUGACUGAUUUGGAUACUGUGGAAAGUUCUGCUGAACCAACCGAUAAAGUACAAGACUACGACUUUUUCCAAACAGGUAACGGUCGUGAAAUUCAAAGAAUUAUCAACACUCACGUGGAAGUAAGUAAAAUAGGAAGGCAAAUCGCGGAUCAAGUGAUAGACUCACAAAGACGACAGGGUGAAUCAUCGUCCGAUAGCAGUCCCGAUCCUGAAUCAUCUCUUAGUCUAUCUAAUACAAAUUCCAAUAUCUCCACGAAUUUUCUUAACGAUCAACAAAGGCUAAACGAUAUCAUUCCCGAAUUCGCUAGAAACACGUCCUCGUUUAGCAACGUUAGGAACAACUUUCCUUUGUCCAAUGUCUCAAACGACCCAGUUCUAGGGAGCGGUGCCGAUGAAGAAAUAAUCGAAAUGAUGGAAGACGCGGUUAGGGAAUCCCCGGGUAACGGACCACCGACUGACGGGAACGACGAGGCCGCAAUGGCGGUUAUAAUGAGUUUAUUAGAGGCGGAUGCAGGACUUGGAGGUCCUGUAGACUUUUCUGGUCUACCAUGGCCUUUACCCUAAAGGUGCUUAGUUACCAAUAGUCUAUUUUUGUUAUUUAGAUGUGUAUGGAAUUACGACAUUGCAUAAUUAACAUUCAUGACAAAUAUUCAGUCAAAUCGUGCCAUAUUUUCAUACGAAAAUGAAUUUACUGUGACACUGUAAUGAUAUUUUAUUCUUAAAGGUAGUUAGAAAAAAAAUAGGAAAGUAUUUUUUAUAUAAAGUACUACAAAAUUUCUAAUGAAAUUAAUUAUUUCCUACGUUUUCUCGGAAAUUGUCCUUUUUUCCUAAUAUAAUAUAAACAUAUUAGAAAGACGCAUUGAUGUUUUAAUGUUUCCAAUCGUUUAUAUACAGGGUGGUUAGAAUGUAUAAUGUAUGUGCUUUACAUGGCAAAGAAUUCCAGUAAUUUGAUAAAUAAUAAUAGUCAAUAUUAUUAAUGAAAUGAGAUUAUUGUUACUGUUAUUAUACUGUGUGAUAUUAAUUAUAAAAUCUUAAUACUGAAGAUGGAUGUUGCUAAAAAAGUGUAAUAUGUUCUCUGUAUACGUAUUCCCAUAUAACACAUAUGUGUUUAGCUAGUACUAAAUGUAUACGUCUAAUUGUUUUAAUUAUACAUUGUACUAGCAAGUAGGAUGGGAGCAGAAAAAAAUACGUGAUAUGUACAAACUUUCUUUGCAUUACUUCAAAUAAAUUAAUAAAAUUUAAAUUUACUCUUCAAUAAUAUGAUACUGUUAACUAACGCAAUUGCUUUUUCAGUAACGUUUAGAGAAAUGCAAGAACAGUGUGUACAUAUAAGAAAAAAAAAAUUAAAUGGACUAUGAAUGUAAUUUGUGAAAAAUUUAAUGUCUAAUAAUCCCAAUGAUCAAUUCUCCAUAACACUUUUGUUUUCUAGAAAAUUGUUAUUUUAUAUUACUUAUGCCAAAAGGAAAACACCUAUUUUAAAAGUACAAAUAAAUAAAAGAA